AUGGAAUACACAGUAUAUGGCUACGAGGGUAACCCCAGGACGCGCAUCAUUCGAAUCAUUGCAAGUAGUCAACUCUCCUUCCGUCCAGACCCAACCUUGCUGACCAUCCCAUCCGCACAGGCGCACUCACAAGGCAUCAAGGUCAACCUCUCCGAGGUCGUCCCGCGCCAGAACCGCAACCGCGAUGCCCUCAUCGAAAAGUUCCCGCGCAGCCUCGGCAAGAUCCCGGCCCUCGAGGGCGACAACCUCAAGCUGACCGAGGUGCCCGCCAUCGCCCACUACCUGGCCAAGGUCAAGCCCGGCCGCCUCCUCGGCGACGGCUCGCUCGAGCAGGAGGCCGAGGUCCUGUCCUGGGUCAACUGGGCCAACCAGGAGAUGCUCAUCAUCAUGAGCAAGUGGUUCCUGCCGCUCAUCCCCGGCCUCGCCCGGCCUGCGCCGUACGACCACGCGGCCGUCGAGGCCGGCAAGGCCGCCACGCUCGCCUUCCUCGAUAAGCACGAGGCGGCCGUCAAGGACAAGACGUUCCUGGUCGGCGACGGCUUCACCCUCGCGGACAUCUUCGUGGCCGUGUACGUGUCGCGCGGGCUGGAGUGGAUCCUCGGCGCGGAGUGGCGCGCGACCCAUCCGGCCACGAUGCGCCACUUCCGCAUGGUGGCCGACUGGGAGCACUGCAGGGCGGUGGUGCCGGAGUUCAAGCAGGUAGACGUCGAGGUGCCCAACGUGGAUCCGUACGCUGCAUAG